GCUUACCGGUUUUAACGCAGAGAUAUAACGACAGUCUUACUCGACAUCUCGUCUAAUCGGUUAUACACAGCUAUCACUCCGACUAUCAAGAAACUCUCCUCAGCAAGUAAUUUAUAAACAGAGAAUGGCAGACGCAAAUAAGAUAACGGCAAGCUCCACGGGCGCUCCUCGCCUCGAGGUGCUAGAUAGAGUGAAAAAUAUUCCGGUGGUCCACUCGGCGAUUGAGAAGACGGGCUCUACAUAUUCUUACGUUAAAGAUUCUCAUCACUUGGUAAAUUGGGCACUGAGUUAUGCGGAAGCAGGACUGCAUUACGCGACCGCUACGGCCGCACCGAUUGCUGCACCCUUGGCCAAGAAAUUCGAAGGGCAGAUCAGUGCCGUCGAUCAGAAGCUAUGCGAAGGAUUGGACAUAGUUGAACAAAAAGUCCCGAUCGUGAAGAAACCCCCUCAGCAGAUAUACGAUGCCGCCAAAGCGGUCAUGAGCAGCUCCCUUCAGCCGACCAUGGAGAAACUUAAUACAGCAAAGGAAUCAGCCACGCAACAAGCAUCUACGCUGAAAGAGAUCAGUAUAACUAAAGCGAACGAGCUUCUAGACACGCAAUACGGUAACAUGGCUGUGCAAGGCGUUGACAACACCAGCGUGCUCGUUAAUCGUUUAUUGGACCAUUACUUCCCGCCGGUGGAAGGAGAAGAGAGUACGCCAAAUCCUAUCUCCGCGGAUGAGAACAAAGUACUUCAUGCGGUGCAAACAAUUGGCCAGCUAUCAACGAAAACCGCUAAUCGCGUUUACCAUUCAGUUGCCGCGCAACUGAAGACCGUAAAGAAGGAGGAUGUGGCAACGUACAUAUCCAGCGUGGUAUCCAUUCUCCAUCUCACGCAAUACUUGAACCCUGGGCAGAAACAGACGGACAAGGACAACAGCCCGACAGAGAACAAGGACGAGGAGAAAAAAUAAAUCGAAAGAGUUUGGAGACGCUUAAUUUGUUCAUGGCGUUCAUACGCGUUUAAAUUGAAAUAUAAUUUUAUAAAGUUUGCUACUCACUGAGAA